AAUAGGAAAUACUGAAAUAGGCGCUGAGAAGCGAAGCAAAGCAAUUGGCGUUUCUCAGAAACCCUAAUCACUCACUAAAACCGCCCUUUUUCUUUGUGCUUCGAAAACCCUAACUCGAUGGGGGGAAAGAGGAAGAAGAGCGAUGGCGAUGACGUGGAAGAAGCCGAAGAAGGUUCAAAGAAGAAAACAAGAACGUCGGCGGAGAAGAAGGAGCAAUUGCUCCCUUCCAUGAUAAAGAACAAGGACAAGAGAUCGGAGGUGCACGCCAAGCUCAAGCGCCAGAAGAAGCUCGACAAGCGCGCCAAGGCCAAGGCCAGGGACGCCGCUGCCAAGCGAGCUCUCGACCUCGGCGAGGAGCCUCCGGAGAAGAAGGUUCCUCGCACAAUCGAGAACACCAGGGAAUUCGACGAGACUGUUUGCAGGCCUGAUGACGAAGAGUUAUUUGCCGGAAACGAUGCUGAUGAAUUCAGUUCAAUUUUAAAUCAGCAACAAACUCCCAAGAUACUAAUCACCACUUGCCGCUUCAACUCUACAAGGGGACCUGCUUUUAUAUCAGAGUUGCUUUCGGUUAUACCAAAUGCACACUACUACAAGAGAGGAACAUAUGAUCUGAAAAAGAUUGUUGAAUAUGCUAAGAAUAAGCACUUCACUUCUGUUAUAGUUGUUCACACCAAUCGUAGGGAACCAGAUGCUCUUUUAGUCAUUGGCAUACCUAAUGGGCCUACUGCUCAUUUUAAGCUCUCCAAGCUUGUUUUGCGCAAGGAUAUCAAGAAUCAUGGAACUCCAACGAGUCACAAACCUGAGCUUGUAUUGAAUAACUUCACAACACGUCUAGGGCAUCGAGUUGGAAGGUUGAUACAGUCACUUUUUCCACAAGAUCCAGAACAUAAAGGCCGACGAGUAGUCACCUUCCACAACCAGAGAGACUUCAUAUUCUUCCGGCAUCAUCGGUACAUUUUUGAAACCAAAGAAGUUAAAAAGGCCGAGUCAAAAAGUAAAAAGGACAAAGAUGGCAAGAGUGAGAAUGUUCCUGAACAGAAAACAAUUGCCCGUCUUCAGGAAUGUGGCCCUCGUUUCACGCUAAAGUUGAUUAGCCUGCAGCAUGGGACAUUUGAUACUAAGGGUGGGGAAUAUGAAUGGGUUCACAAGCCGGAAAUGGACACAAGCCGAAGGAGGUUUUUCCUAUGACUUUGGGAACGUUGCAUGUUGGAUAUCAUUUUUGCGGCUUUAGUUAUCUUGAGGUUGUUGUAAUAUUUCAACCUGUUUAUUACUCAAUUCUGGUGUAUCAUUUAUUUUAUUUUAUUUGGGUCAAAGUCCUAUCAUCUCUGUAAGCCAGUGAGCAAUUUUGACCUUACAUCUAUUGGUGGUUGAGGAUAGAGAAAAAAUAUGCAGGUUUCUUGAAAGCAAUACAAUAUUUAAAUUUGAGAUGGUAUGCUUCUAUAA